AUGAGCGGCGCGGGCGAGAAUCGCUGGCGGAGGCCAGGACAAAACAAUUCAAAGGACGGACGACAGCAACCUACUGCGUCGACAGUCAAUGCAUGGGGUAAUAAAGGCGCCCAGAACAACAAGCUUGCAGGCCCGGGACAGGCAGUGCCGUCUCCUGCCCACAAAGAAGAGCACGUCCCUGUGCGCGACUUCAAUGCGACCGAGGUCAAGGACUAUCUCAAGAAGAAGUACUGCGAGACCGUCGCCGACCAACCAGCGGUAUAUCACAAGGUUGAAGGCGACUCUGUGGCUAAGAGAAGCAGCGGCGUAUGGGGAGCUAGAGGCGCGGGCACAUCACACAAGAUGCCCAACGGGCAGAACUUCUUCGAUGUGCUGAAGAAGCAGCUCGCCAACCUCGAUCAGAACAAGUAA